UGACGCAGCCGGAACAUGUCGUCCGCGGCCGAGCCUCCGCCGCCCCCGCCUCCCGAGAGCGCGCCUUCCAAGGCCGCGGCCGCGGGCGCCGGCGGGAGCAGCAGCGGCAACAAAGGCGGCCCCGAGGGCGGCGCGGCGCCGGCGGCUCCGUGUGCGGCGGGCGCGGGCCCCGCGGACGGCGAGAUGGAGCAGGAAGUAUUUGAUGAUGCAUCACCUGGAAAGCAAAAAGAAAUCCAAGAACCAGAUCCUACAUAUGAAGAAAAAAUGCAAACUGACCGAGCAAAUAGAUUUGAGUAUUUAUUAAAGCAGACAGAGCUGUUUGCACAUUUCAUUCAGCCCGCUGCUCAGAAGACUCCAACCUCACCCUUGAAGAUGAAACCAGGGCGCCCACGGGUAAAAAAGGAUGAAAAACAGAAUUUGCUCUCAGUUGGCGACUACCGACACCGUAGAACAGAACAAGAGGAGGAUGAAGAACUUUUAACAGAAAGCUCCAAAGCAACCAAUGUCUGUACUCGAUUUGAAGAUUCUCCAUCAUAUGUAAAAUGGGGUAAAUUGAGAGAUUAUCAGGUUCGAGGGUUGAAUUGGCUCAUCUCUCUGUAUGAAAAUGGCAUCAAUGGUAUCCUUGCGGAUGAAAUGGGUUUGGGAAAGACACUUCAAACAAUUUCUCUCCUUGGGUACAUGAAACACUAUAGAAACAUUCCUGGUCCUCACAUGGUUUUGGUUCCCAAGUCUACAUUGCACAACUGGAUGAGUGAAUUCAAGAGAUGGGUACCAACACUUAGAUCUGUUUGCUUGAUAGGAGAUAAAGAGCAAAGAGCUGCAUUUGUCAGGGAUGUUUUAUUACCAGGAGAGUGGGAUGUGUGUGUCACAUCUUAUGAAAUGCUUAUUAAAGAGAAGUCUGUGUUCAAAAAAUUUAACUGGAGGUACUUAGUUAUAGAUGAAGCCCACAGGAUAAAAAAUGAAAAGUCUAAGUUGUCAGAAAUAGUGAGGGAAUUCAAGACUACAAAUCGACUGUUGCUAACUGGGACGCCUCUUCAGAACAACUUGCACGAGCUCUGGUCACUUCUAAAUUUUUUGUUACCAGAUGUGUUUAAUUCAGCUGAUGACUUUGAUUCCUGGUUUGAUACAAAUAAUUGCCUUGGGGAUCAGAAGCUAGUUGAGAGGCUUCAUAUGGUUUUGCGUCCAUUCCUCCUUCGUCGAAUUAAAGCUGAUGUUGAAAAGAGUUUGCCUCCAAAGAAAGAAGUAAAAAUCUAUGUGGGUCUUAGCAAAAUGCAGAGGGAGUGGUAUACUCGGAUAUUAAUGAAGGAUAUAGACAUAUUAAACUCAGCAGGGAAGAUGGACAAAAUGAGGUUAUUGAACAUUCUGAUGCAGUUGAGGAAAUGCUGCAAUCAUCCGUAUCUCUUCGAUGGAGCUGAACCUGGUCCACCUUACACAACAGAUAUGCAUCUAGUUACCAACAGUGGCAAAAUGGUGGUAUUAGACAAGCUGCUCCCUAAAUUAAAAGAGCAAGGUUCAAGAGUACUCAUCUUCAGUCAGAUGACAAGGGUGUUAGACAUUUUGGAAGAUUAUUGCAUGUGGAGAAAUUAUGAGUACUGUAGAUUGGAUGGGCAGACACCCCAUGAUGAGAGACAGGACUCCAUCAAUGCAUACAAUGAGCCAAAUAGCACCAAGUUUGUUUUUAUGCUAAGCACACGUGCUGGUGGUCUGGGCAUCAAUCUUGCAACUGCUGAUGUAGUAAUUUUAUAUGAUUCAGAUUGGAAUCCCCAAGUAGAUCUUCAGGCUAUGGACCGAGCGCAUAGAAUUGGACAAACGAAGACUGUCCGAGUGUUUCGCUUUAUAACUGAUAACACUGUAGAAGAAAGAAUUGUAGAACGUGCCGAGAUGAAGCUCAGACUGGAUUCGAUAGUCAUUCAACAAGGGAGGCUUGUAGAUCAGAACCUGAACAAAAUUGGGAAAGAUGAAAUGCUUCAAAUGAUUCGACAUGGGGCCACACAUGUGUUUGCAUCAAAAGAAAGUGAAAUCACUGAUGAGGAUAUUGAUGGUAUUUUGGAAAGAGGUGCAAAGAAGACUGCAGAGAUGAAUGAAAAGCUCUCCAAGAUGGGUGAAAGCUCACUUAGAAACUUUACAAUGGAUACAGAGUCCAGUGUUUAUAACUUUGAAGGGGAAGACUACAGAGAGAAACAGAAGAUUGCAUUCACAGAGUGGAUUGAACCACCUAAACGAGAGAGGAAAGCCAACUAUGCUGUUGACGCCUAUUUCAGGGAAGCUCUCCGUGUUAGUGAGCCGAAAGCUCCCAAGGCACCUCGACCUCCAAAACAACCAAAUGUUCAGGAUUUCCAGUUCUUUCCUCCACGUUUAUUUGAAUUGCUAGAAAAAGAAAUCCUGUAUUACAGGAAAACUAUCGGGUACAAGGUGCCUCGGAGUCCUGACCUACCUAACGCAGCACAGGCACAGAAAGAAGAACAACUUAAAAUUGAUGAAGCGGAGCCCCUGAAUGAUGAGGAGCUGGAGGAGAAGGAGAAGCUUCUGACCCAGGGGUUUACUAAUUGGAAUAAGAGAGAUUUUAACCAGUUUAUCAAAGCGAAUGAGAAGUGGGGUCGUGAUGAUAUUGAAAAUAUAGCCAGAGAAGUAGAAGGCAAGACUCCAGAAGAAGUCAUUGAAUACUCAGCUGUGUUCUGGGAAAGAUGCAAUGAGCUCCAGGACAUAGAGAAGAUUAUGGCUCAGAUUGAAAGGGGAGAGGCAAGAAUUCAAAGAAGAAUAAGUAUCAAGAAAGCACUAGAUACAAAGAUUGGACGGUACAAAGCACCCUUUCAUCAGCUAAGAAUAUCGUAUGGAACUAACAAAGGAAAAAACUACACUGAAGAAGAGGAUCGAUUUCUCAUCUGUAUGCUGCACAAGCUUGGAUUUGACAAGGAAAAUGUUUAUGAUGAGUUACGACAAUGCAUUCGCAACUCCCCUCAGUUCAGAUUUGAUUGGUUUCUCAAGUCCAGAACUGCAAUGGAGCUCCAGAGGAGGUGUAAUACCUUAAUUACUUUGAUUGAAAGAGAAAAUAUGGAACUAGAAGAAAAGGAGAAGGCAGAGAAAAAGAAAAGAGGACCAAAGCCUUCAACACAGAAACGUAAAAUGGAUGGUGCCCCCGAUGGUCGAGGAAGAAAAAAGAAGCUGAAACUAUGAACACAUAUUUGUCUUAUAAUCACUAAACUAGUAGUUCUUUAAUUUACGGGUCUUCAUAAGAUGUGCUGUACAGUGCUCAACUGUUAUGUCAUUCAGACAUCAGCUCCAUCUGCUUACUGAGCUAGAAACAUAGGAUGUAGUUUCACUUUUUUAAAUGCAACAGCUGUGCUGAAAUUUUUUUUUAUCAUUAACACUUGAAGUAAUAAAACAGGCUUCAUUUAUUAAUAAAUGUUUCAUUUGAUUUA